AUGGCGCCGAUGCGAGCUAUUCUUCGUCCCGUGGUUCGCAUGUCGCUCGUGCGUCCGCAGAUUCGUUUAAAGGGCACCAAUCCGUCGCAUGUUCAACCAGAUGGUAAUCUCGGUGGUCCAGGAGGACAACAGCCUGCGCCUUCAAGCCCAGGCGGUCCAGAGGCCCUCAAACGAAGCUGGAUGCCCAUUGCAGCCGCCGCUGGUGUACUCGCUGGGGGUGUUUGGAUCAUGCUACCUUCAAGAGGGAGAUCACCUGAGCAAAUCUAG